GCAUCGCGCAGGUGGACGAGGAGCCCGCCGCCGUGCGGCCGCGGCCGCCUCCAGACCGCGCGCCGGCGCCGCCCGGCGGCCCGGCAGCCGAGGUGCCCUUGCCGCGCAGGCUGCUGCCGGCGUGCUCGCCCGCGGGGCUGCUCUGCGCGCCCCCAGGGUUGGGCGCGCCCGCCGGCCUGGAGCCGGGCGCGGUCCCCGGCCUGGAGGGUGGGGGCCCUGCCCGGCCGCCUUGCCGGGAGCGCGGCGCUGUGCCCGGCCUGCUGGAGGACACGCAGAGCGAGGGCUCGCAGCAGGAAGCCGUCGAGUUCCUCAGGGACUUUUGCGACGAGAUGGGCUGGCCGUGUCCCAGGUUCAGCAUCAAGUCCGAAGGGGACAGGUGCCUAGCGAUGGUGGAGAUGGCCAUUCUCGGCGUUUACCAUACGUUCUCGGGCCAGCUGUGCGAGGACGCCGAGACGGCCGAGGAAGACGUUGCCGAGAGGGUCCUGUGGUACUUACGGGCCCCCGGCAGAGAAGAUGCCUUUGAGCCGGACAGGGACUACGCCAGGAAGGCGGCGCAGCUCAUCCCCGGGCCACCGACGACAGAUUGGGUGAAGGACGGCGUGGCGUGGCAGGACGAGGUGGCAGAGCGGAAGACGACGAUCAUGCUGGUGCAAAACAGGCUCCAGCAGAUCUUCUCCUCUCGGAUCGAGACCGGCAUGCGCGUGUGGCAUUGGAGCUACGAGCGAGGUGGGCGUUCUGGCCCCGAGCAUGUCCACAGGAUGAUCCGCGCCACGGUGACCGUCCCGCUGGCGGGCCGCCAGUUUGUGGGCAAUUGGAUGCACGGGCAGCGGGACGCCCAGAUCGAUACUUGUUCGCAGGUUAUCGAAUUCCUCAACAAGGAAUAUCCACAGAAGCGAUGAAUUCACUAGGUCCCGAAUGCAUGACAGGUCAUGUCUCAAAGUCCCGAUGACAGAGUGCUUCUGUUUGCGAUGUUUCAACCUACGGGAGCCCGACUGCUAGCGUCUCUGAGUGUUAUAUACGAUUAUCUGAAGGGCUCCGCCUUGUGUCCAGCUCGGACUCGGAUUCGUAGCUUGUGGGUCGUCGGGGUGAACAGCGUGUCGGCAUCCUUAAGCCUGAUGAUUUUUUCGUUACAUUUUGAUGUUCGACCAGCUCCGA